CGUGAUGCGAUGUCGUCACUAAGAUGGCGGCCCCCAGCUGAGGUAAAUGGAUCCUGGGAGCUUUGGGCAUGCCCGCUGAAGAGACUUUUUACGGAGUGGUUUGCCAUUGCCUUCCCCAGUCAUCUACACUUUACCCCCAGGAAACUGGGUACUCAUUUUACUGACCUCAGAAGGAUGGAAAGGCUGAGUCAACCUUGAGUUGGCUCCCUGAACCCGGCUUCCGCCAGGAUCGAACUCAGGCCGUGAGCAAAGCUUGGGCUGCAGUACUGCCGCUUACCACUCUGCGCCACGGAGCUCUUCUGGGCUAUCCAGGUUAUCCAGCAUCUGGGCCGAGAGCUCACUGACAGCAGAUACAGCGAGUUAAAAAGCAUAGGAAGCUGAUUUAUACCUUCAGACCAUUAGUCCAUCUAGUUCAGCAUUGACAGCAGACUUCAGAGUCUGGGCAGAAAAUGGAAUUUCCCACCUGUGCUACCUGAGAUCUUUUUACUGGGAUGGCUGAGGCUUCACAGCUCAGUGCAUGCUUUGCCUGCAGAAGGCCCCAGGCUCAGUCUCACAGCAUUUCCACUUAAAGAAUCUCUGGGAAGCCGCUGUUGGUGAAGGCUCUGUCUGAGGACCUGGACAGCAGCUGCCAGGAAUGGCGUUAAGGUGCAAGCGAAGCUUUGACUGGUGAGCAAAAGACUAUUCUUAAAAGUACUGGGCUGGAACAAGUAUCAAGAUUCUUGCAUGGCCUAACGCCUCCUGCCGACACCAUGCUGAACAAACCGGUUCUUGUGGAAUCUUUAAUCGUGUUCGUCAUAGUGCUCUGUGUGCACAGUGCGGUCUGGGACCGGUUUUCCUGGUGUGCCAUUGCCCUCGCGAUCCAGGCUUUUUAUGUCCAGUUCAAAUGGGAUCAUCUCCUUCAGCUAGGCAGCGCUGUCUUCCAGUUCCGAACCACAGCAAACAGUGGUCUCUUACCAGCUUGCAUGGCCAUCCCAUUACUGGGAAUUGUGAUGAAAGAAAGAUGUGACAUGGCCGGCAUUGUGUACUUUGAACGUUUUGGCAUCGUCGUGGCCUGCACAGGUAUGGUGAUUGCUCUUUUCCUCUCUGUGAUAGCGAUUGGCAUUACCAAACCCGUACCGACAAACACCUGCAUCCUUUCCGGUAUUGCUGGCAGUUUGAUCAUAUACACCGUGAAGCAGUCUUUGUCUGUGUCUGAAGUGAUUGAGGUUCUGGAAGUGCUGCUUAUCUUUGUCUACCUCAGCAUGAUACUGCUGUACCUGCUGCCCCGAUGUUUCACGCCUGGCGAGGCAUUGCUCCUUCUUACAGGUAUCAGUUUUGUCCUCAAUCAGCUUAUUAAACGUUCUCUGAACGUCGUUGAAGGCAGAGGGGAUCCUGUAGACUUCUUCCUUCUGGUGGUAGUGGUUGGGAUAGUCCUCUUGGGGAUAUUCUUCACAGCCCUGUUUUUCUUCAUGGAUUCUGGGACCUGGAUCUCCUCCAUGUUCUUCCACAUGAUGACAGCAGUGCUGGGGCUGGGAGUGGUCAUGCCGUGGCUGUACCGGCUGAUCCGAAGGAAUCCCCUGUUUUGGCUCUUCCAGUUCCUGUCUCAAACACAGAUGAGAGUUUACCUCCUUGCCUACUGGACCCUGCUGGCCAUUUCAGCAUGCACCAUAGUCCUCUACCAAAACACAAAGAGGUCAUCUGGUUCUAAAAAGUACCAAGCUUCAACCAUAACCAGAAAAUAUUUCCACUUCAUUGUGGUGGCUACGUAUAUCCCCGGGCUAAUCCAUGACCGUCAACUCCUGUAUGUGGUAUCUGUGGUCUGUCUGGCAGUCUUUAUUCUGCUAGAGUACAUCCGAUACUUUAGAAUCAAACCGUUUGGUCAGAUGCUUCGACACUUGCUUUCUCUCUUUUUGGAUGAGCGCGACAGUGGGCCUUUGAUCUUGACUCACAUUUAUCUUCUCCUUGGGAUGUCUCUCCCGGUUUGGCUGUUCCCAAGACCAUGUGCACCAAAGGGUACUUUGGCCGGGGCGGGAGCACUGGCACCCUACUCGGGGGUUCUGGCUGUGGGAGUUGGGGAUUCAGUAGCCUCUAUUUUUGGCAGUACGGUUGGAGAAAUCAAAUGGCCGGGAACCAAGAAAACGUUUGAAGGGACAAUGACUGCCAUAUUUGCCCAGAUCAUUACUGUUGCCAUAAUCCUGAUCUUUGAUAGCACUGUGGAUCUCAAUGCGAGCUAUUCUUGGAUUUUGGUCUCUAUUAGCUUGGUUUCACUUUUGGAAGCCUACACUACCCAAGUGGACAAUUUGCUCCUGCCCCUCUACCUCCAGAUACUAUUGAUGGCUUAAAACUCCUUGGUGGGGAAUAAAAUUUCCUUAUGAUCGACAGUGACACUCACAGGGUAUAUCCAAUACCUGUGUUCAUGGCUCAUUUGGGUCGGUGUGGUCCAAAAGUUUACGACAUUGCUGUGAUGUAGAUAAUUAUGUCCAAAAAAAUUACUCUUUGAUCAAGUGAAUAAUGAA